AUUCUGGCAAAAGCCCAAGCGGCCAAGCCCCUGGUUCCCCUGCAAUGGCGGCGCGGAGAUAGCAUUGGCCCCUUUUGGGCGCAGCAUGCGCUGGCCCUUGCAAUUCUUGGUCACUUCUCUCGGAGUCCUCGCGGGUCUCCCUCCCAAACUCCCCAUCGCGCGUGCGCGCCCCCCCGGCUGCCUCUCUCGGUGGCUCUGCCGUGCCGGGAGGAUGAUGGGGCGCCACCAGCGCUCGCGCUCUGCCUCGGCGAGCUCCACGGCGACGCGGUCGGACAUCACUGAGCUCGACUUCGCGGCGGCGGACCUCGAGAGCCCCUUCAGCAGCGUCGACGCGCUCGGCCCCGUCGAGCUCCACGAGACCGCGUACGAGAUCUUCUUCAUGUCAUGCCGCUCCUCCGGCGCGGCACCGAGCAGGGGUAACGGCAGCGGCGCGGCCGAUGGGGAGGUGUCGUCGCCCAUGGCCGGCGCUGGCGCGAGGGGAGGCGCCGGCGCCGGCGUCAUGGGCGGCCGGGUCAAGAAGGCGCUGGGCCUCAGGCCGAGGCGGCUGUCGUUGGGGGGGCAGCCCAUGAUGGCGCGCACGCUCAGCCAGACGUCGGGCCCGGGCUCCCCCGGCCGCUCGCGCCGGCCGAUGACGUCGGCGGAGAUCAUGCGGCAGCAGAUGCGGGUCACCGACCAGAGCGACGCGCGCCUGCGCCGCACGCUCAUGCGCACCGUCGUCGGGCAGGUGGGCAGGAGGCCGGAGACGAUCGUCCUGCCGCUGGAGCUCCUCCGGCAGCUGAAGCCUGCGGAGUUCGCCGACGGCGAGGAGUACCACCAGUGGCAAUUCCGGCAGGUGAAGCUCCUGGAGGCCGGCCUCAUCCUGCACCCCUCGCUCCCCCUCGACCGCCUCCACUCCGCCGUGCUCCGCUUCCGCGAGGUCAUGCGCGCCACCGAGAUCCGCGCCAUCGACACCGGCAAGAGCUCGGAGGUCAUGCGCGCCCUCACCAGCGCCGUGCACGCGCUCUCCUGGCGCAGCUCCGGCGCCGCCGCGGAGGCGUGCCACUGGGCCGACGGGUACCCGCUCAACGUGCUCCUCUACUGCUCCCUCCUCCAGGCCAUCUUCGACCUGCGGGAGAGCACCGUCGUGCUCGACGAGGUCGACGAGCUCCUGGAGCUCAUCAAGAAGACGUGGCCGACGCUCGGCGUCACCAGGGCCGUGCACAAUGCCUGCUUCGCGUGGGUCUUCUUCCGGCAGUACGUGGUCACCGGCCAGGCCGAGCCGGACCUCGCCGCCGCGGCGCUCGCCGUGCUCGUCGACGUUGCAGCCGACGCCGCCGCGCAGGGGAGCAGCCGUGACCCGGUCUACGCCAGGGUGUUCCUGAGCGCGCUCGGCGGGAUGCAGGAGUGGUCGGAGAAGCGGCUGCUGGACUACCACGACAGCUAUGGCAAGUGCAUCGGUGGCACUGCCACCGAAAGCAUGGAGAUCCUCCUGUCCCUCGCGCUUGCCGCUGGCAAGAUCAUCGCCGACAGGGAAGGCACCGGCGACGGGAACUUCGCCGGCGACCGCGUCGAUUACUACAUCAGGUGUUCGAUGAAGAGCGCCUUCACCAAGAUACUCGAGAACGGGCUCGGAGAGACCGACAGCGUGAUCACCGACCGCGACAGCGACCCCGCCUCCGUCCUGACGCAGCUCGCCGGAGACACGGAGCAGCUGGCCAUGUUGGAGCGCAGGAGCUUCAGCCCGGUGCUGCGGCGGUGGCACCCCGCGCCGGUGGCGGUGGCCGCGGUCACCCUGCACGGCUGCUUCGGCGUCGUGCUGAGGCGGUACCUCGGCAAGGUGACCGUCCUCACCGAGGAGCUCGUCCGCGUGCUCCACACGGCGAGCAGGCUGGAGAAAGCCCUGGCGCAGAUGACGGCGGAGGACGCGGCGGACUGCGACGACGGCCGGGCCAAGGCCGUCGUCGGCGACAUGGAGCCCUUCGAGGUGGAGUCCGUCGUGAUGGGCCUGCUCAAGGCCUGGAUGGACGACAAGCUUGGGCUCGCCAGGGACUGUCUCCUCCGAGCCAGAGACACCGAGAGCUGGAUACCCAAGUCCAAGGAAGAGCCCUUUGCUGGGUCCGGCAUGGAGCUGAUGAAGCUGGCACGGUUCACCGUCGAGGAGUUCUCCGAGAUCCCGGCGAGCGCGAAGGAGGAGGUGGUUCACGACCUCGUCGACGGCCUCGAGUCCAUCUUCCUGGACUACAUCUCCUUCGUCGCGUCUUGCGGGUCGAAGCACAGCUACCUCCCUCCGCUGCCGCCGCUGACGAGGUGCAACCAGGACUCGGGCUUCUUCCGGCUGUGGAAGAAGGCGGCGCUGCCGACGUGCCAGGCGCCGGAGGGCAGCCCGCGCGGCGGCUGCUCGCACCACGCCCCGCGGCCGACCAUCAGCCGCGGCACGCAGCGGCUCUACGUCCGCCUCAACACGCUCCACUACGUGCUCACCCACGUCCAGGCCCUCGACGCCUCGCUCUCGUCGCCGCCGUCCUCCUCCUCCUCCGCCCGCUUCGGCCGCGCGCGCGACGCGGCGGCGGCGUCCAUCUCCGCCGUGGCCGAGGUCGCCGCGCACCGGCUCAUCUUCCUGGACUCGCGCCACUCGCUGUACCAGGGCCUCUACGCCAGCGGCGUGGGCGGCGCGCGCAUCCGCCCGGCGCUCCGGCUGCUGCGGCAGAACCUGUCGUUCCUGCUGCCGGUGCUGGCGGACCGGGCGCAGCCGGCGGCGGUGCGGGAGGUGAUGCGGGCCUCCCUGGAGGCGUUCCUGAUGGUGCUCCUCGCCGGCGGCAACGAGCGGAGCUUCGCGCGCGCCGACCAAGCCGCGGUGGAGGAGGACCUGCGCAGCCUGAAGCGCGCCUUCUGCACGUGCGGGGAGGGGCUGGUGCCGGAGGACGUGGUGGCGCGGGAGGCCGGCACGGCGGAGGCCGUCGUGGACCUCAUGGCGCGCUCCACCGAGUGCCUCAUCGACGCGUUCGCCGCCGCGGCGAGCGAGUCCGGCGGCGGCGAGGGCGGCGGAGGCGGCACGCCGCUACCGCCCACGACGCGGAAGUGGGAGCCCGCCGACCCCAACACGAUCCUCCGGGUGCUCUGCCACCGCGACGACGAGGCCGCCAACCAGUUCCUCAAGCGCACGUUCCAGCUCGCCAGGCGGCGGUGAUGAGGCUCGAUCGGCCGCAGCACGGGAAGUGACGGAAGCAUUCGAUCGCCGGCCGAAUCCACGUCCCGGAUCGCAACUGGCCCAGGAGUGAUCGAGGUGCUGCUCUGCUCGCGUUCGAGGGGGAAGGGAAGACAAGCCGCGUCACUUGUUUCUGUACGGGCAGUAGAGGAUUUUGCAGUUCAAUGGCAGAUCGACACCACCCUUGCUUGCAUUCGCAGUCGCAGGAGCAACACAUCCGAUUUUUG